AUGAUCGGCAACGUCUUUUUAUAUACAUCUUGGAUCACUCUUACACUCGUUACCAUCGAAGCAGCUGAUACGGGUGCUGAUGAAUGCGGAGCCGACAAUACAGCAGAGUUGAGCCAUUACAGCCGGCCAUUACAUGUUGGAUCCAUCUUCAUCAUUUGUGGGGCAUCCUUGUUAGGCGUAGCAAUACCUAUCUUGUCGAAAUUCGUUCCUCCACUUUCUAUUCCUGACAAUGUCGUCACUUAUGGCAAAUCAUUUGGAGUGGGGGUUAUCCUGGCAACUGCAUUUGUUCACAUGUUGGUGCCUUCGUUCGAAAAGCUCGCGUCGCCUUGUCUAGGAUACGUAUGGAAUGAAGUUUAUCCAGCGUUUGGUGGAUUAUUUGCCAUGUGUGCUAUCUUGAUCAUGCAGCUCAUCGAAUACUUUGCCUCCAACGAGCUUGAGCAUCAUUUCAGAGAUCUCGAAGAAUUACAACCACCACAUCCUACAACAACCUGCUCAUUCAAUAACCGACCUACAGCAACAGCAGCAGCCGUUGUGUGUGAUCACCAAUCCAUUGACCGGGCUACUAUUGUUGAUGGGUACCUCUCGCAUCCUUCACCUAGCAACACUCUCCUUCAUCCUCCUCCCCAUCCUCCUGCUCCUCGUCUUCCACCUCCACCUCCGCCAUCUACUUCUACUUCUACUUCUACUACUACUAUUACUACUAUCCAGCAGAAUCAACGUGAUAAACGCUAUCAUCCAUUCAACACGUGUCCGGCACACAGUCAUUUCAGCAACCAGUCUGAUGAAUUGAAGGAUAAGAAACGGUAUCUCAAUACGAUUGUACUGGAAUUUGGCAUCCUUGCGCAUUCAGUAAUCAUCGGCAUCACUUUGGGCGUCUCUCCACAAUCCGAAUUCGCUACUUUGCUUGUUGCCAUUUGUUUUCAUCAAUUCUUUGAAGGGUUUGCAUUAGGUGCAAGGAUAGCCGAGGUCAAGAUGAUAUGUUUGGAAAAGGCAACCAUCAUGUGCAUGUGUUUUACAUUGACGACACCCAUCGGGACAGCCAUUGGCGUUGGUAUUUCAUCAGGCUAUAACCCCAAAUCACAAACGGCCUUGCUUACCCAAGGGAUCUUCGAUUCGAUAUCAGCCGGCAUUUUGAUUUAUGUGUCAUUAGUGGAUCUGAUGGCUACAGAGAUGCUCUUUGAUGAUAGGUUCAAGGCAAUGAAGCCCAUUACACGCAUAGGAUGCUUUUUCUUUGUAUUUGCAGGCGCAGCUGUCAUGGCGGUGAUUGGUAUAUGGGCAUAA